AUGCGCAACCGCCAACUCGGCGUGAUCGGCGUCUUUUUCCUAUUAAUAUUCUGCUUCUACUCCAUUCCGAGGACAUCGCCGCGCGGCCUUGGAACGGCACCCAAAAAGGGGGCCCCUGUGCAAGGCCCGAAGCCGCCCAAGACCAAGGAGAUCAUCACUUUCACCAGCAAAAAGUUCGCUACCACCAAGCCGAAGCCGGUGGCCGGGGGGGCGCACCCGAUAUGGCACCUCAUCACCGACGCCGAGCGCGAGUUCGAAGCGGUUAAGUCUCGCCAGUCGAAGAGCCUCCGCGACGCCGUUGCCGAGUACCGCCGCCGGUAUGGAAUACCGCCGCCCCCGCACUUCGACAAGUGGUGGGCGUUUGCCAAGAGCAAGAACGUGCAACUGGUGGACGAGUUCGACACGAUACACGAACUGUUGACACCGUUCUGGGGCCUGAAGCCGUCGACGAUACGAGCACGGGCGCGCGAGGCACUGGGGACCGACAACCAGCUCAUGGGCUUUCAGGUGCGCAAUGGCAAUGCGUCGCACAUCUUUGGGGGCUGGGAGUGGAUGCAGACGACCAUGGUCGACAUGAUGCAGAGCUUCGUCGAGCACCUGCCGGAUAUGGACCUGGCGUUUAACGUUAAUGACGAGCCGCGGGUUGUGGUUCCGCACGACGACAUGGUGCGACUGGUGCACACUGCGCGGACCAAAGCCAUGCCGGCCGCCAAUGCCGCGAAGUCGCUCCGCAACGGUUUCUCCAAGAAACCUGCUGACCUCAAAUACAACGGUCGCUUCGACGAGGUCAAACAAACCCGCUUCGACUUCUUCGCCCAUCAGCCCGUCUGGACACACUCGCGCAUGUCCUGCCCCGCGGACUCACCUUCCCGCAACCUCGAAGAGGAUGAGCAGUUCGACGAUAUCGAGAAGUAUGCCGUUGGCGACCUUGGUUUCGUCUCCAACUGGACCGCCAUGUCCGACAUCUGCCUGUCCCCCUCGCUCGGCUCGACCUACGGCUUCUUUGAGCGGCCCAACGCGUACGGCGUGGUGCACGACCUCUUCCCCAUCUUCUCGCAGUCCAAAAUCUCCUCCUACGCCGACAUCCUCUACCCGUCUCCCUGGUAUUGGGCGGGUAAAGUCCCCUACACUGAGGACACCGACCCGGCCUGGGGCAAGAAACUCGAUAGCCUCUACUGGCGUGGUUCAACCACGGGCGGUUUCUCCCGCGACGGCGGCUGGCGCCGGCAGCACCGCCAGCGCUUCGUGCAAAAGAUCAAUGCGCCGGACCAAGCCAAAAUCCUCAACCCACCGGCCACCGCGACCCUAGACACCCGCAGCCCGGACGCCACCUCCAAGGCCGCCGCACCAAAACCCAAACAAGAAGACCAAACCAAAAAACAACAACAACCACAGCAACCGCAACAACAGCAGCAGUGGACAACCCGCGAAGUCCCGCGCGGCGACUACAAGCAGCUCCUCGACGUCUUGUUCUCGCACGUCGGACAGUGCGACCCAGACGACUGCGACGCGCAGCGCGAGUUCUUCAACGUACAAGAGUACGCCAAGCAGACCGACUACUUGAAAUACAAACACCUGCUCGACAUAGACGGCAACGCCUUCUCGGGCCGCUUCUACGCCUUCCUCCAGAGCCGCUCCCUCGUGUACAAGUGGGCGAUUUUUCGCGAGUGGCACUACGAGUGGCUGAGGCCGUGGGUGCAUUUUGUGCCGCUGAGUCUGCAUGGGGAGGAGUGGUUGGAGGUGGUGCGGUUUUUUGCGGCGGCGCCGGAGGUGUUGGGGGGGAAGGAGGCGGAGCGGUUGGCGUUGAGGGGGAGGGAGUGGGCGGGGAAGGCGUUAAGGAAUGAGGACUUGGAGGUGUGGUUUUUUAGGCUGUUGUUGGAAUAUGGACGCGUCAUAGACGACGACAGGGAACAUAUUGGAUAUGCUGGCUGAGCGGUUCGACCUUGGAUACCUAGACCGCGGGGAGACCAUUGGAUGGGUGGUCGUCCGUGUUAUAUACUUGUCCAUAAUCAUAGACUGCUGCCCUGUCGCAGAUAGGGGCAGUGGAGGGUGGAUUGGAUGGGUUGUCCUUGGCACAGUUGGAAAGGAAGGAUCGGACUGGGUGGCGUUGUUUGUUUCCUCCGGUUGGAUGGAGCGAAGCGUAGAAACGGGAUACUGGAUACUGGAAGCACGUUUAGAAUCGUGUAUACUUGUAUCACGGCUAGCGUAGUAAUGGUAUAUUGCCGUUCUUUCAUGCUUGGUAG